CUUGGAAUACAAAGGAAUGGAAUAUGGUGGAAUAAUCCAAUUCGAUUGAUUCCACUCAACCCAACUCGGUUCAAUUCAAUUGUAUCUUGAAAGUAGUAUUUACCUAGUUACUCAGCUAACUGGAUAAUCUUUGAAGAAUCCGAGCUCUAGCCAUUAAACUCCAAGGCCACUGAUUCGAUGCUAAAAGCAAUAACACCGGCUUAAAGAAGCAAAGUUCGAGGGGUUCUCAUUCAAAAUCAUGUUUCGAUCCCUAUCCACGAAGCUCGCUUCAUCUCCUGUAUUCAAGUAUCCUGGAACAUCACACUUACAUGUGAGAACUGUACAACACAGGGCGUAUGAUACCUAUUACGACCAAGAUGAUCUAGUGGAAGCUAGGAAAUGGCACGCCUCGUUCAAUGAGAACAGCUUACCAAAGGGUCAUACAAGCUAUUCGAGAUCUAGCGGACCCGGAGGACAGCACGUUAACAAAACUGAGAGCAAAGCUACGACAGUGUGGCCUAUCGAAGAAUUGUCGAAGGAUCUACCCAAGUUAAUGCGUGCAGCAUUGCGAUCUUCAAAAUACUAUUCCAAAAGGAAUGACUCUAUUACGAUCCAAGCUCAGACACAACGGAAUAGGACCGCGAAUACCGAGGAGAAUCAUCACAAGCUACUUGAAGAAUUGCACAGGAUGUACAAGGAUCACGUACCUGGAGAGACAAGUGAGGAGACGAUCAAGAAGUACGAAGACUUAGCGAAAUCGUACCAUGAGAGCAGGUUGCAGUCGAAGAAGCAGCAUAGUUCCAAGAAGGCGUCCCGAAAAGGUACUUAUGAGGAAUAGACACUUCCACAGUUGACAGUUGUCAGUCUGCUCAACUUCAUAGGUGCCUACCUAGGUAUUCAUAAUAUUACCGAUUAACCUAUUCGAUUAAUGAUGUAGCAACCUUGGAAAUUAGGACCUGACAAUGAAUUAUUACACGAG